AACAUCCCAAUGCAGGGCCAGCGUCGGGUAACUAAGUAACCCUCUUGGCUUCUCCAUAAUGCAGGGCCAGCAUCACAAUCAACACUCGUAGCUAGCUUCCUGCAUCUGAAAAUCUAUCAUGGCGAACUCCUGUGCAUCUCAUCCCUCUGCUACCUGGCUAGCUUUAGUAAUCAUUAUUUCUGUGGUUGCAGUUCAUGUAGCAGAUGCUGGAGGACAAGAUGAGUGUCCUCCUUUCUCCUGUGGUGAUCUUCACAACAUAUCCUACCCUUUCCGUAGGCCAGGUGACCCGCCUGAGUGCGGUGCGCAAGCAUACCAGCUGGUCUGUAGCAGAAGCAAGGCUACGAUUCACAUCAACACGGGGACAUACUUUGUGACCAGCAUCAACUAUACAGAUUCGUCCUUCUGGGUUGUGGACGCCAACAUGGAUAUGCACAGCAGUUGCCCUCUUCCUCGCAGGGAUCGGCUUCCUUACUCUUACGAUGGAUUGGUCUUGGAAAUUGGUCCACAUCAUCACCGUUACGAUUUGGCCACUGCAGGCUAUUGGGCAUGCCUCGUUAAUUGUUCGCGAGCAAUAACGAAUAAUGCCUUCUACAGGCCCGUUAAUUGCCUGAGUGUGAAUGGUUCGUUUGUUUAUGCCUCAAUUUCUGCAUUUUGUUUAGUCGGAUAUCUUGAACCUUCUUGUGGAUACUUGGCCAUGAUUCCCUUUGGUAGAAUGUAUAUCCAUUAUCCACAGCUAGAGAAUGCAAGUUAUGCUGAUAUCAUAGAAUUGGCAAAGCAGGGAUUUUCUAUUCUGUUUCCUCAGGAUUCUUAUCUCCAUAAUCCUUCUUGGGUACUCAAACAAUGCCUAAAUAAUUCAACCAGGUAUUUCCGCGAGCAAUUAUCUGGCACAAGCAUCCUGAACUGGAUUCAUGCUUUCUUCUGGAGUGAUGUAAGUUUUGCAAAAUGUGUAAACAAUUACAAUGUCCCAGAAAAGGAGGCUAUGUUCCAGUGGGUUGUGAUAGCCAUAGUAUCUGUUAUCAAUAUCUCCAAGUUACAUGUUGUAUUAUGCAGGUUCGUGCUCCCAGCAGUGGCAGUAUUGAUCUUCCUUGCCCACAAGUACUGGAAAACAAGGAUAACAAUUGACGCCGUCGAGAAGUUCCUCCGGAUGCAACAAAUGCUCGGUCCAAUGAGGUACGCCUACACCGAUAUCACCGCAAUCACAAGCCAUUUCAGGGACAAGCUAGGUCAGGGGGGAUACGGCUCCGUGUACAAGGGUGUGCUACUCCCAGGCAAUGUCCAGGUUGCCGUCAAGAUGCUGGGCAACUCCAACUGCAACGGGGACGAGUUCAUCAGUGAGGUCUCCACCAUCGGUAGGAUCCACCACAUCAAUGUGGUUCGUCUGGUGGGCUUCUGUGCAGAGGAAAUGAGGAGGGCGCUCGUCUACGAGUACAUGCCCCAUGGUUCCCUCGAAAAGUACAUAUUCUCAUCCGAGAGAAGUUUCUCAUGGGAUAAGCUCAAUGAGAUUGCUCUGGGGAUUGCAAGGGGCAUCGACUACUUGCAUGGGGGUUGCGAUAUGCAGAUCCUUCACUUUGACAUCAAGCCACACAACAUCCUUCUAGAUAGCAAUUUUGUCCCAAAAGUUGCCGACUUUGGCCUCGCCAAGUUGUACCCAAGGGACAAGAGCUUCGUGCCAGCGAGCGCCUUACGGGGAACUAUUGGGUACAUAGCUCCUGAAAUGGUAUCACGGAGCUUUGGUGUCAUAUCAAGCAAAUCUGAUGUCUACAGCUUUGGUAUGCUGCUGCUGGAGAUGGCAGGAGGGCGAAGGAAUGCGGACCAGAAUGCAGCGAACUCAAGUCAGGCAUACUACCCGUCGUGGGUGUAUGACCGUCUAGCUGAACAGGAAGUGGGUGAGAUAUCUGCUGCUGCUGACAUGCAUGAGUUGGAGAGGAAGCUAUGUGUUGUUGGGCUACGGUGCAUUCAGAUGAAGCCGCAAGAUCGUCCGACCAUGAGUGAGGUCAUAGAAAUGCUCGAAUCUGGCGCUGACGGCCUACAAAUGCCUUCUAGGCCAUUCUUCUGCGAUGAUGAUCAUAUCACUGUUGCAGAUUCCUACCAUUUCUCCUCUGAGCUGACUGCAAUCUCGGAGGAAGACGAGUGACCCAUUUAUUUCUGUUUGUGGUCUUGUAAUAAGAUAGGGUGAAGCACUAGUUUGUGAAUUGCUGAAGUAAUUAAUGGUCGUUGCGUGUGUGAAGUUUCUUGAGCCCUGUUAAGAGUUUUCAUGAUAAUAUACAUUUGUGGUCUCGUAAUAAUCUACUAA